AGGACUUGAGUGUGGGCCACUCCUUGCUAACUGCAUGCUGCCCUUACGAAUGCCUGCCUGGGCAGAGAGAGCCAAGGGAUGAUGGCACUAAAGAUAUGCUUGGCGGUGAUCCUGUGGGGCCAGCCUCGUGUCUAGUGACGCUCCAUCUCCUGCUUCCUAAGAUGUCCUUUAGAGGAGCUGACCCGGCAUCUCAGUGUAUGGAACUACUGUGGAUCGCACACCACUCUGGCAACUCUCACUCCCUAUGUAAACUUGGGGAACCACCCAGAGCCUCAGCUUUACCAUCUUUAAAAUGGGAGCACCAAUAGCACACUUUCCCAAGGUCACGCAGAGGGUUGGCUGAGAUAAGUGCUGGAAAGUGGAGGAAACCCAGUACAUGGUUUUCCUUCCCUCUGCCCCUGGCUGUCUGUCCUGCCUUCGUCUCCUCAGUGCUGGCCCUCCAGCUGUGCGCCACCAUGCAGGGCUCUUCCUUGUUUCUCGUAGGAUUCUGACUUUACACCUUCACCCCAAAGUGUUUCCACCAACACUACAAAUGAGUAAGCUUUAAUGCGUAAUAUGUACUAUAAACUAUGUACAGACACUGGCUAAAGGGUGUAAAGAAAAGAGAAGCCUCCAUCUUUCUUCUUAAGCAGUGAAGAGAGGCGAGGGAGGGGUAGGAACAUCAGGUGACUACUGUGUGACCCCGAGUGUGCGCCAGGAGAGCCCCCGCUGGCUCCGGCUAAGGCGAGAGCAGCUGGCGUCCAUGGUUAGAGGCUGACUUGGGAGUGAGCGCUGGGCCGUAGGACCCUCCUCAGCCCUGUCUGCUUCCUGCUUUCACCUGCCUCGGCUGGCCUCUUGGUUGUCCUGCUUUGACCUCUCCUGACCCCUGGUGUGGCCUGAGCUGCGUUGUCCCACCUUCCCUGGGAUGGGAUGGGAUGGAUGACGGCUGCUCUGUCCUCCCCCAGAUCCGCUCUGUGAUCAGGAGGAGCCGGGAGUCGGGCCACGUGCAUCCCAUGUCCCGGGAGCCCUCCCCUCGCCGCAGGCUGGACCCUGCAAGCCUGAGCAGGAACCCGUCCCAGGAGCAGCUCAUUGGCGAGCUGCAGGGCCGGCUGGGCAUCCAGCCGGCGGCCGAGGAGGUGGCGGGGGCCUCCGCGCAGGACUGGCUGACAGAAGGCAUCGUUAUCACCGUGCAGCCACGCGGGAGGCGGGCCGGGGGGCAGCUGGUAGAGAAGGUUGUCUACCCUCCUGACUCCCCCAUGCCCCUGAGAAGAACCAUCUCUGUUGUGGCUCCUUCCCCCCCUGCCCUUUUGCUCCAGGAUCACCCCGACCCUUCGACCGGCGGCUCUCCUGUCCCACCCAGCCUGCCCACUCCUUCCUGGCCAGGGCCCUUGGCUGCUGCUUCUGCUUCUUCUUCUGGGGUCCAGCCUGCAGGGGCGAAGUCCCUGGAGGAGGGUGGGCGUGGCCCCCCUGCUCUCACCUCCGUGCCCCACACCGUGAGGUCUGUGGGCUGCCAGACCAAUGAGGACCCACUCUUCCGCCCGAUGCAGGCCUGCCUCCCGGCACCUUGCUCUGCCCGUGCCCUGUCUCGUCCCCAGCCACCUCCCAACUCCGAGGAUGCUGCAGAGAUGCAGGGCCUGGAACAGAGAGUGGAUGGAGAGCGGUCGUGGGCAGCCGGCUGGCCCCCCAACAGCAGGCAGAGCAGCCCGGAAGGGCAGGACGAGGGAGGGUUCAUGGCCCAGGGGAAAACUGGGAGCAGCUCACCCCCUGGGGGGCUCUCCAAGCCCGGGAGCCAGCUGGACAGCAUGUUGGGGAGUCUGCAGUCCGACCUAAACAAGCUAGGGGUCGCCACCGUUGCCAAAGGGGUCUGCGGAGCCUGCAAGAAGCCCAUCGCUGGGCAGGUCGUGACCGCCAUGGGGAAGACGUGGCACCCCGAGCACUUUGUGUGCACCCACUGCCAGGAAGAGAUUGGGUCCCGGAACUUCUUCGAGCGGGACGGACAGCCCUACUGUGAGAAGGACUACCACAGCCUCUUCUCCCCACGCUGCUACUACUGUAACGGGCCCAUCCUGGAUAAAGUGGUGACAGCGCUGGACCGCACGUGGCACCCGGAACACUUCUUCUGUGCCCAGUGUGGAGCCUUCUUUGGUCCAGAAGGCUUCCACGAGAAGGACGGCAAAGCCUACUGUCGGAAAGAUUACUUUGACAUGUUCGCACCCAAGUGCGGCGGCUGCGCCCGCGCCAUCCUGGAGAACUACAUUUCGGCCCUCAACACCCUCUGGCACCCCGAAUGUUUUGUGUGCAGGGAGUGCUUCACACCCUUUGUCAAUGGCAGCUUCUUCGAGCACGAUGGGCAGCCAUACUGUGAGGUCCACUACCAUGAGCGGCGUGGCUCGCUGUGCUCCGGCUGUCAGAAGCCCAUCACGGGCCGCUGCAUCACAGCCAUGGCCAAAAAGUUCCACCCCGAGCAUUUCGUGUGCGCCUUUUGCCUGAAGCAGCUCAACAAGGGCACCUUCAAGGAGCAGAACGACAAACCCUACUGCCAGAGCUGCUUCCUGAAGCUCUUCUGCUAGGCUGGCGCCUGCCCUCCGCCCUUCCCCCAGCCAGCGCCGCUCGCACGGGGCCAAUCCAACAGAAACUGGAACCUCACCUACUCAGCAGGUGCAGGCUCAGGACAGGACACUGGACCGGUCCCUAUCCCUGGUAAAGGGGCCUCCUCCCCCUUCCGUAGCUCUCCUGGGCUCUGUGCACUUCUUCCCCAGAGGUGGGCUGCCCAGUUGUCCUGUGGAUGUCCCCCAAGAGCCAGCACCUCACACUGGAGCCUUUGACAGUCACCUCUCCGCAGUGUGGUCACUGGGAGGGCAGAGAGGGUCAGCUAGGGGUCUUUUUAUCCUUCUCCAAGCCCCUAGUGUAUUGGGGAUACCGGGCCCCGCUAGACAAUGCCAGCAUAAACUCACCCAUGGACCACCAAAGGCACUUUGGGUGUUACCACCCAGCAUCCCAGAGUUUGGGUGACUGCCCCAUUUGUACUUGCCCUGGGGUCUCUGAGAAAGGCUCCUCCAGCAAUAAUGUUUUCUAUAGACGCAUGCUCCAUCUCUGGGGACGGCAUAAGGUGGGAGUGUCACCCGUGCCUCAACACUGUACCAAAUUUGAUAGAUUUCUACACUGAGGUUCAACUUCAUAUGGCUCAAGUUGCUUUUAUGUAUCUCCACAAGAUGAUUUUGAAGAGAUUUAAAGAACGCCCCCUUUUGUACUCUUGUCUGUCCACCGCCGCCAGUUCAGCCAGUGGCCUUGGUUUUGGUAUGGACUUCGCUUUGUACCGAGGGCUCGGGAUGGGGAAACACUUUGUAUCUUUAUUUUAUUUCUUAGCACAAUGAUCUGGGAGUGGCUCUGUGACGACUUCUGGAACCUCACAGCUCCCGGGACUGUUUUUAAACUGCUGUAUUUUCAAACCCUUCCCUUACUGCUCAGGCCAACAGGCUCCUCGUUAAGAACUGGUCUAAGAAUGUUCAGCCCCUUGGACCUGGCGUUUUGAACCUCACGUGUCCUGUUCCCAAGGCAGGCAAAGGGGAAAGACAUCUUUGGGGGUCUGCUUCCUUCCUGCCUACGUAAGCCAUCAGGAGCCAGCCUCUGCUCCGCGUGAACUUUUUUUGGCGACAAGGAGAACCCACUGAAUUUUCUCAGCCUCAUUGCUUCUCUGGGGCUUGCUCUUCUGCCUUCUCAGGAAAGCUGGUGUCUGAUUCUGACCCAGAAGACCGGAAAGGGGCUCUGGUCUCUGCUCUACUGGGCACAUCUCUCCCUCAAACUUCCUGGCGGCUGACCGGGGCCAAGGUUGUUCCCUUUCACAGGUGGGGUUCAUGUUGGUGGGGGGAGGGGGUCUGAGAAGAAUGCCCCAAGCUGGCACAGGGGAGCCUGGUAGGAUUUGGGCCAGAGGGACAAGACCCCUGUUAGAGCAACGGAAAGUCCCGGAGCUCCCGUGCCAAAGGAGGAGACAGGAGCGACUUGGAAAGGGCUGGGGAAAAGGGUCUGGGAAAAGGGGCUCUGGAAGAUUCCAUAGGCUUCCUAGUAGAGGACCAGCGUGAUGGGGACCCAAACGAGGAUCCCCGGUCAGGGCUGGGCUAGCCCAGGUCAAGAUCAGCUCCGUCCGGCGGUGGCCGCAGACACCGGCACUUCCACCCACAGGCCUUACUGCUCUGUUUACAGUGACCUGCUCCAGGCUCCCAUCCCCUCCAAGAAGAGGCCGGGGUAUCUGGAGAGCCAUUCUCUGGGUCAAUGGAUCUGUGAUCAUUUGAUUUUUUUUUCCCCCCUUAUAAACUUCUAACCUGGCUUUUCCCAUUUCAACUCCUGUGAUAUAUGCCAAUAAAGUUUGCCACGAUUUUCA